UUGCAAGUUUGCCGGAUUAAGAUAAGUUAACUGAUCGCUCUCCACUCUAGAAGUGUUAAUCACCAUGUGUCUGAUCGGUUCCGGCUGUUUGUUUAAGAAUGAGUACAGAUUCCAGAAAGCUAUUGCCAAGAAGAGAUUAGAGAACGGGAACCACGGCUCUCCCUGUACCCCCCAGUUCCACAGAGGGGUACUCUGUGCUGAGCAACUCAAACUUGUCAGACCGGAGUCAGUAUCUGGGAGUAUUGUGAUAGAAACACCCAGAAGAAACUUUCAGAGUAUCCGGUCUAGAACUGCACAGGCAGCACAACACAACGAAUCUGGAUCCUGCAAAAGGGUCUCCAUAUUAAAAGACAGUGCCCCGGACGUUGGUAAGCUAGAGAAAAGAAAUUCAGCUACCACCACACAAAGAGUAUCUAUCACCACAAGAGGGGUCACCUACAAAACUGGGAGUGAUCACUCUCUAGAACCUGACCAGCGUGAACUAACACAGGUGACUACAGUAGAAUCCCAGCCGAGAAAGGUGUCCCCAGCAGACAGUGGGAUGUACAGCGCCAGCUCCGCUAAAUCAGUAGACUGGGACACUAGGGACGCCUCCCUGGACCGAACACCCUCUCUAGCCCAGUCUCAACAAGACAGCACAGUGGUGGAGGAGGAUGUGGAUACAGAGGAUACUCUGGAGGAGGAGGAGGAGGAGAGGGUGGGGGUGGAGGAGAGGGUGGGGGUGGAGGAGAGGGUGGGGGUGGAGGAGAGGGUGGGGGAGGAGGAGAGGGUGGGGGUGGAGGAGAGGGUGGGGGUGGUCCUGGUGACUGAUAAGAAGACUCUUAUUGGCUCUCAACCAGAGUUGUAG